CUUAACUUUAUAAAUAAUAAAUAUGAAAGCUCUUAUCGCUCUCACAAUCGUUGGAUUAGCAUCCGUUGCUUACUUCGGACUCUACACUGAGGAGAACUCUGCUCUUCAAGCUGAGUUCCAAAGCUUCAUCCAGAAUUAUAAGGCCAAUUAUGCCAACUCUGCUGAAUUUGAGUUCAGAAUGAAGGCUUUUGAGAAAAAUUUGGAGACAAUUGCUCAAAUGAACGAAGAGAAUCCUCUUGCUACCUUCGGAGUCAACCAAUUUGCUGAUAGAACUGAGGAGGAAAUGCAAGCUAUGCUCACCAAGAGAGGAUUUGGAGAUCAUGAAGGAUGUGAUGACAUCUCUCCAUCUGCCGAUCUCGUUGAUGUUGACUGGAGGGAUCUCAUGGGAACCCCAAAGAACCAAGGAUCUUGUGGAUCAUGCUGGGCCUUCGCUACUACUGCCGUUACUGAAGGAAGAUAUGCUCUCUUCCAGGGACAGAAGCAAGUUACUACCAGAUUCUCAGAGCAAUCCUUAGUUGAUUGUGACACUAGAUACAACGCUGGAUGUAACGGAGGAGAAGAAUAUCUCGCUUUCCAAUACUGGGAACAAAAUGAUGUUGUUCUUGAAUCUGAUUAUCCAUACAAGGGAAGAGAUGGAACUUGUCAAGAAGCUCAUGCCACCGGUAUCAGAGUUAAGACCUGCACUAACCUCAACGCUAACAAUAAAGAAAUUGUUUCUGAGCUCCAGAACGGUCCAGUUGAUAUUGGAGUUGAUGCCAGCAGAUGGUCUUUCUACAGAAAAGGUGUCAUGACUUCUUGCCCAGGAAGAGGAAAUAACCACGCUGUAACUCUCGUAGCAUAUACCGCUCCUCAAAGCGCAAACGAAGUCGCCACUGUCACCAUCAGAAACUCUUGGGGAGAAGACUGGGGAGAGAAAGGACACAUCAGACUUCCAUUUGAUAGCGACAACUGCGGAUGGCAAGAUGACGUCCACUCCAUCUACUUCGAAUAAUUGCUUGAUCAUUCCUAAUCUCAUCUA